GGGCGAGAGGCGAAUGGGCCGGUAGGCGGGCGUUCAACGAAGGCAGCCUGAUGGUUCAUAAGGACCCGCUCCCUCCUUCCUUCGUUCUCCUUGUCGCUCUCUGUAGUUGCCUCGCUGGGUGCUCGGCCCAACUGUCAGUCAUUUAGCCCGGCUUCAAGACCGGGGAGGUUGGGGCCCUCACGUCGUGUCCGCUGCAGGCAGACAGCGCGAUCGGUUAGGAGAAUAGGAGGCAGACGGACGUACCCACUGCUCCGGCGAGCAAAUGGACAGCCUCCCCUUCUUCGCCAUUAAGCGCAGGAAAGACGCUCCCUCGGCCAAAAAUUAGCGGCAGUUAAUGUCAGGUCCCAUUCGUAACCCUGUGGGGUGCACUCAGACCGAUUGCCCUGCUUGCUGUGGGGGAGGAGAAAGGCUGCUUCGGUUCUCCCUGACAGGCUCUUUCGCGGCAGAGACAGCUCCCCGCCCUUCGUCCCGCUGGAAACAGAAGAAAGACUCGCCCCUCCCUCUGGUGCGGAGCUCAUAGACGCCCCCCCUCCUUUUAACCCCAUUAGAGAAGAAUCACCCCCGCCGCCCAAACGCCGCUGACAGGCUGACACGCGCUCUGCCUAGCUCUCUGUGGAGACAGGGGGCUCGCCCUUUCUGGUCGUGGGGGGGAGGGGAGGGGUCGGUUCUCUCCCCACCUCACUCCCCUCAGGAUGCUACUGUUGCCGAUGCCUGCCCGCUGUAGCUGAGCCCCGGUGGAAGGUGAGGGCGAGGCGCAGAUCGUCGUUGUGUAGGCGCCAUGGAGCGCCGAGGGGAGCCUGCCCUCCAGCAAAGCCUGGAAUUCACGGUGGAGAAUGUGGAAAAGGCGCUUCACCAGUUGUACUAUGACCCCAACAUUGAAAACAAGAACUUGGCUCAGAAAUGGCUCAUGCAAGCUCAAGUUUCACCCCAAGCCUGGCACUUCAGCUGGCUGUUACUUGACAUGGACAAAGUGCCUGAGAUUCAGUACUUUGGGGCAAGUGCCCUCCAUAUAAAGAUCUCACGCUACUGGAAUGAUAUCCCAGCUGACCAAUAUGAAACCCUCAAGUCACAGCUCUUCAGUCACAUAACCCGUUUUGCUAGUGGCCCCAAGAUUGUACUGACUCGACUGUGUGUAGCACUGGCUUCAUUGGCGCUCAACAUGAUGCCAGAGGCAUGGCCGUGUGCUGUUGCUGACAUGGUGCGAAUGUUUCAGUCAGAGGACUCUAACAUAGAUGGACGAGCUCGCUGCUUGGCUCUCCUAGAACUGCUGACUGUCCUGCCAGAGGAAUUCCAAACCAGCCGUCUGCCUCAGUACCGCAAGGGGCAGGUGCGUGGUGUCUUGGCACAGGAGUGCAGUUCUGUCUUUCCGCUACUAGAGCAGCUGCUGCAGCAACAAGACUCUCCCAGCUUCAUUAAACAGAAGGUGCUGAAGUGCUUCUCCAGCUGGGUGCAGCUGGAGAUACCCCUGAUGGAGUGUGAGAACUUAAUCCAGGCAGCCUUCACCUCUCUGCAUGAUCCAGAACUAUUUGACACAGCAGUGGAAGCCAUUGUCAAUGCCAUUUCCCAGCCUGAUGCUCAGAGGUAUGUAAAUACUCUACUGAAGCUCAUCCCACCUGUACUAGGGCUUCAGGAACAGCUACGCCAAGCAGUUCAGAGCAGGGAUAUGGAGACGUCUCAUGGGAUCUGCCGUAUUGCUGUGGCCCUGGGGGAGAACCAUUCCCGAGCCCUCUUGGAUCAGGUGGACCACUGGCAGAGUUUCCUGGCACUUGUCAACAUGAUUAUGUUUUGCACUGGGAUUCCAGGACACUAUCCUGUCAAUGAAACCACCAGCUCGCUUACACUUACUUUCUGGUAUACACUGCAGGAUGACAUCCUCUCUUUUGAGCCAGAAAAACAGGCCAUGUAUCAGCAGGUAUAUCGGCCCGUCUACUUCCAGCUGGUGGAUGUGCUCUUGCACAAGGCUCAGUUUCCUUCUGAUGAAGAGUACAGUUGCUGGUCCUCUGAUGAAAAGGAGCAAUUUCGGAUAUACCGAGUGGAUAUUUCUGACACUUUGAUGUAUGUGUAUGAAAUGCUUGGAGCAGAGCUGCUGAGCAGUUUAUAUGACAAGCUGGGUCGUCUCCUAACGAACACAGAGCAGCCAACAUCAUGGCAGCAUACAGAAGCUUUGCUUUAUGGCUUCCAGUCCAUUGCAGAGACUAUAGAUGUAAACUAUUCAGACGUGGUUCCUGGCCUUAUUGGGCUCAUCCCCCACAUCAGCAUCAGCAAUGUGCAGCUUGCAGAUACUGUUAUGUUCACUAUUGGGGCCCUCUCGGAGUGGCUUGCUGACCACCCAGUCAUGAUCAACAAUGUGUUGCCCCUGGUGCUGCAAGCUUUGGGCAACCCUGAGUUGUCCAUCUCCAGUGUCUCCACCCUUAAGAAGAUCUGCCGAGAAUGCAAGUAUGACUUGCCUCCCUAUGCUGCCAAUAUUGUUGCUGUCUCCCAGGAUGUGCUAAUGAAGCAGAUUCAUAAGACAAGCCAGUGCAUGUGGCUGAUGCAAGCUUUGGGCUUCUUGCUGUCUGCUCUCCAAGUGGAGGAGAUCUUGAAGAAUCUGCACUCACUUAUUACGCCUUACAUCCAGCAGCUGGAGAAGCUGGCUGAUGAGACGCCCAAUCCCUCCAACAAGUUGGCUAUCAUCCACAUCCUAGGUCUUCUCUCCAAUCUCUUUACCACUUUGGACAUCAGCCAUCAUGAUGAUGAUCAUGAAAGCACAGAGGUCAAGAAGCUGCCAGUGCCUCAGGGCCCCAAUCCGGUAGUGGUGGUGCUGCAGCAAGUCUUCCAGCUCAUCCAGAAAGUGCUCAGCAAGUGGCUGAAUGAUGCACAGGUUGUGGAGUCUGUGUGCUCUAUCUUUGAGAAGUCUGUGAAGACCCUGCUGGAUGACUUUGCACCCAUGGUGCCUCAGCUAUGUGAAAUGCUGGGUCAGAUGUACAGCACCAUUCCUCAAGCAUCUGCAAUUGAUCUCACAAAGCAGCUGGUUCACAUCUUUGCUCAUGAGCCUGCCCACUUUCCACCAAUCAAGGCACUCUUUCUGCUCGUCACAUCAGUUACACUAACACUCUUUCAGCAAGGGCCCAGGGAUCAUCCUGAUAUUGUUGAUUCAUUUAUGCAACUCCUGGCACAGGCACUCAAACGGAAACCUGACUUGUUCCUGUGUAGCAGCCUGGAUGUCAAGGCAGUGUUCCACUGUGGCGUGAUCUCCUUGAAAUUCCCUGAAGCACCAACUGUCAAAUCUGCCUGUGGCUUUUUUACUGAGCUGUUACCACGCUGUGGGGAGAUCCCACCUGUGGGUCAGGUGGUCCAUGAGAAUGGCAAAAUGCUGCUUCAAGCUGUUCUUGAGGGUGUAGGUGGCCAAGCCUCACGCAAUUUGAUGGAUCAGUUGGCUGAGAUCCUCUUUGCUCUCAACAAGCAUUGCUUCAGUUACUUGAGCAUCUGGAUCAAGGAAGUGAUGCAGCAGGAUGGUUUCCCAUCAGCCCGAGUGACUCCUGAGCAGAAAGAAAUCUUCAGUCAGCAAAUUCUUAGAGAGCGCGUAAACAAACGACGUGUGAAAGAUAUGGUGAAGGAGUUCACACUGCUCUGUCGGGGACUGCAUGGCACUGAGUACACAGCAGACUACUGAGGACACUUGUAUGAAGAAACUGGAGCACGAACUGCUGGCCACUUGCCACUGCCCUAUGCUGCUACUGAACCAGUUCUUAGGACAAUAAUCUUACAGCUAACCUGCUGAGGCUGCUCUACUCAACAACAGGCUGUUUCUUAACCCCUACCGCAUGUUCAGCGGCAGCAGGCUGCAUGGACUUGGAGCACAGACUCAAGCUGAAGAUGGCCCCCCUUCCUCCUCCCACUGGAGUGGUGCAGUGACUGUCCCCCUACCUCCCUAAGCACACUCCUGUAGACAUAUCUGUGGUAUUGUCUGUUCCUAAAAAGUCUGCCCUUGGCCUGUACGAGGCAGCUUGUGUCUGACUGAAGUGGAAGGCCCUGCAGCCUUGAAAUUAUAUUAAGGCUAUUUCUAAGUUGGUGAUUAUUGGUGAAUUCAAAAGGGAAGAGGGUGUAUAGCUUUUGGAAGACAUGGGGGAAAGGAUAGAGAAGGGAAGGCUACAGCUUGUGACACCUGUAGGGUAGCUUCAGUUCUGUUUUACCUAGCCUGAUUAGGGUAAUAAAUAAGCCUACGUUCUCCUUGUCAACAUUCUGCAGCAAAGUCUCAGGAGGCAAGGGUAGCUUUCUGAAUGGCAGGCCUCUCUUAUUGUACUGGCAUGUUGAGGGCUACUGCCAUCAGUAGUUCCCAGAAUUUCCAUGUAAUUCUCUGGUUUCAGCAUCUGGAGCAUCCUGCAUAGAAUGUAUUACACUAGUCAGUUCAAGGUUAUCAAGACAAGAAUGAUAGCUACUAGGUGCACAUCACAUUGAAAGAGUUGUAGCCAUCUCUGUUUGAUGAAGAACUCCUGGCUGCUUCUGCCACUGAAGAUCAAGAUGCAAUAGUUAAUCUGAGAGCAUCAAACACAGUUUUGGGGAUAGGAAGAAGAGGGAGGCUUUGUCUGCCAGCUUAUUGGGGAAUGUUAAUGUAGCAAAACUAGAGCUGAUCUAGUGGAACAGGACUCAUUCUAGGUAAAUUUGAAAGCACUCCCAUGUGCGUGCAUACACAUUUCUCAAACAACAAACAAGUGGUCUAACCAACUUUCAUUUAUGUCUGCAAUUUUGGGUUUGCCAACUUCCCUCAACUAUUUCCAGAUGGGUAAAGGUUAAGAAUACCUUGGAGUGAUGUAAAUUCCAAAUACUUCUUUGUGAAGGAAAACGUCUCCUCAAGAAAAAGAGCAUGAAACAAAAUCAGGUAUAUAAAAAAGUAGCAUGUUCACUGUCUGAGGUUAGAAGACUGAGGAGUAACUUUUGGCAUACUUGCACUGUAGGUAUCUAAUAUGAAAAUGUUACUAGUUUAGGCAAGUGGAGCUCCUUUGAGCCUAGAAAGCAAAUGUUUUGAAAAAGCUGGCUUCCAAGUUACUACUUUUAGAGGGAAAAAUAACUACUCCAAUUACAGGAAAAAGCUCCAGUUUGGUGUUCCUAAGCUCUUAAAAACUAUUUCAAGCAUUGGUUACAUUUUCAAUUACAGUUGGCUUAUUAUGAGCAGGGUGUUAGUAAUUAGCAUGUUGUCUUGAUAGAAAGAAAGCUUCAAUCUGAUGGUGUUUCCAGCAUCUAUGUUUUAUCUGCCCUUUGAUAAAGUGGAAUAUCAGUAA